UUUACACGUAGCACCGGGUGAUAAAAAUCGAUGAAUUAUUUUUAAAACUAAUUUACAACAAAAAAUGAGUUCAUGCAUAUGUGUUGUACAUAUGACUAGCCAGGGACAGGGACCAAUAUGUAGAUAAAGUAUACACUCUGGACAAUGGCGCUGAGUUACCAAUUUGAUGGAGCUGUUAUUAUACUGAUCUUAUUCGUCAGCAGUGGAGUAAUUCUUGCUGAACAAGCACUACCAUUGCCCACAGAGAGCAGUGAUGGCAAGGAAGUCACGUCAGAACCUACUCCGACAGUGAAGUCAAACAUAUCUGAACCUAAACAUUCACCUGACGAUUCUACUACACAGUCAACCAAACCUGACAGUCAAGAAGAAGCCAGCACUGCUACAGAACCAAGCAAGAAUGACCCUGAUACUGUCACACAAAAUCCAUCUGUCCAACAGAAUUCCAGUAAAGCCUCUACACAAAAGGAAGCCAUAGACACUACACAAAAUCCAAAUCUGCACAAAGACAUAACGGAAAGCAAAUCUGAAACCACAGACAACAAAAUUCCACAAUCAAAUUCAAAUGACACAGGCAAUAAAAGUGGUGAGACUCCAUCACAAGUAGAUACAACAACCUCUGAUACAAAGCAGGAUAAGAAAAAUAAGACAAACACAGGGUCUGAUGUAACAACCCAGUUUAUGCCCGUGACCUUUGACACUAGAUGGAUGGACACUUUUAUUCACACACAUCAUUUUGAGGGUCAAUAUACGUUCAAUGGUGUGAGAUACUUGUUUGAUUUUGUUAUACGAUACAAGCAUCCGAGUGAUCCGAGGACCUUGGUUACUAAUUUCUACGAUGCUGAUGGAGCUGUUCUAGAGUUCAAUGGUACAUCAGCUGAUGGUCAUGUGAUAGUAUUUACAUUGUCAAAGAUCUACACGCCAGGUGUGAGGUUUCCUCUACAGGAGCCAUUGGAGGUUACAGGGUCUUUUCCAAGGACUGACCAACCAUACUUCACAGGAAAUUUCACCAAACCCAUCAAUUCUUCAUUUUCAUGGUUCCACAUGAAUAAAGGGCUUGGUGCAAUAGAGACUGGUGAGACAGCUGGUACGAGGACAGCCAUAGUUAUCAUCAUACCUACCAGUAUAGCAUUUCUAGGUAUCUGCGGGACAGUUGCAAUUAUUUGUUGGGCGUCAAAGAAAGGAUACCUGCGGGGGCGUCACAAGUCCUACAGACUCUUCACCGAUGCACAAGUUUCAUAUGAAUCAGAAGCAGAAACAAUUCAUAUCUAAUUACACUGAUGUACGUGUUUUAGUUGAAUCUAAAGCAGAAAGAAUUCAUAUCUAAUUUCAAGUUGAUAAUUUCACCAUUCUAUAUGUACAGUAAAACAUCAUUUGCUCAAGCAUUGAUUGGCACAUGCACAAGGGCUGAUGUAAGCAAUGAAUGUUGGUCCCCGGCCACAUCCUGUACAUUGUUCAAGAUCCCAAAUAUUCUUGAGCAUUUUAUUUAUCCUCGUGCGUCUUUGAGCAGACUAUGUUUUACUAUAUGUCUAUUGUCAGCUUAAAAAAAGACACAGACAAAAGUAAUUUCUCAUAUAUUUAUACAGAGUUUAUAUUUUAAUUUUCUUUUAAAAAAAAAGAGAAAUUUGAAAGUUGUAUUUUGAACAUGUAAAAAGGUUGUGACAAUGUUUUAAGUUUGAAAAGAAUCCGAGAUUAAAGAAUGCCAGACAAUCAGAAAAAUGGUGGGUUGUUCUAUAUCCGAUAUGGAAUGACUUGGCUAAUACUUGAAUUUGUAUAUUUCUGCAAUGCUGAAGUGAUCUAUAUAUAAACUGGCAUUUGUCAUUUUUGAAAUAUUUUUUACUGAAAUGUCUCAUUCACAUUUCAGUUUGAUAUGAGACUUUACAUGACAAAACUUAAAAAAAAAAAAAUUUUUAUAAAAAGUUAAGAAAAGACUUUACAUAAUGAAAAUUACAGAUUAAAUGACAUGUUUAAAAAAUUCUGGGACCAAUUAAUAAAACGCUAUUUGCUUGUAAAAUAGGACCAAUAUUAAUAGUCAGAUUGUGUUAUUCUCCUACAGUUGGACUUACUUUAUCUGUAACAGGAUUUUUAUGCAAACUGUGGCUUUAAUCCACUUACAUGUAAUCUGUAACAGGGUUUUUACUAGGCAAAUUUUGGCAUAAAUUCACUUUAUUUUGUAACAAGGUUUUUAGUCAAAAUGGGGCUUUUAUCGACCUAAUCUGUUGCAGGGUUUUAAGGCAUUUAUGCAAAAUGGGGCUUUUAUCCACUUUAUCUGUUACAAGGUUUUAGGCAAAUUGUAGUUUUUAUCCACCUAAUCUGUUACAGGCGUUUUAGACAAAUUGCGGUUUUUAUCCACCUUACCUGUUACAGGGUUUUUUGGCAAAUUGUUGUUUUUAUCCACCUUAGUUAAUAUCUGUUACAGGCUUUUUAGACAAAUUGCAGUUUUUAUCCAUCUGAUCUGUUACAGGGUUUUUAGGCAAAUUGCGGUUUUUAGCUCGACUAUUCGAAGAAUAAGUAGAGCUGUCCUACUCACCACGGCGUCAGCGUCGGCGUCAGUGUCCGCGUCGGCGUCGGCGUCACACCUUGGUUAAGUUUUUCGUACCAGUCCACAUUUUAACAAAGUCUUUUGAGAUAAAGCUUUGAAACUUUCAACACUUGUUUACCAUCAUCAUGGCCAGUUAUAGGCAAGAGCACAUAACUCCAUCAAUGAUUUUGGCUGAAUUAUGGCCCCUUUUGACUUAGAAAUCAUGGUUAAGUUUUUCGUACCAGUUCAUAUUUUGACAAAGUCUUUUAAGAUAAAGCUUUGAAACUUUCAACACUUGUUUACCAUCAUCAUGGCCAGUUAUAGGCAAGAGUACAUAACUCCAUCAGGGAUUUUGGCUGAAUUAUGGCCCCUUUUGACUUAGAAAUCAUGGUUAAGUUUUUCGUACCAGUUCAUAUUUUGACAAAGUCUUUUAAGAUAAAGCUUUGAAACUUUCAACACUUGUUUACCAUCAUCAUGGCCAGUUAUAGGCAAGAGCACAUAACUCAUUCAAUGAUUUUGGCUGAAUUAUGGCCCCUUUUGACUUAGAAUUCAUGGUUAAGUUUUUCGUACCAGUUCAUAUUUUGACAAAGUCUUUUAAGAUAAAGCUUUGAAACUUUCAACACUUGUUUACCAUCACCAUGGCCAGUUAUAGGCAAGAGUACAUAACUCCAUCAGGGAUUUUGGCUGAAUUAUGGCCCCUUUUGACUUAGAAAUCUUGGUUAAUAUUUCGUACCAGUUCAUAUUUUGACAAAGUCUUUUCAGACAAAGCUUUGAAACUUUCAACACCUGUUUACCAUCACCAUGUCCAGUUAUAGGCAAGAGUACAUAACUCCAUCAAGGAUUUUGGCUGAAUUAUAGCCCCUUUUGACUUAGAAAUCUUUGUUAAGUUUUUCGUACCAGUUCAUAUUUUUAUAAAGUGUUUGACAUAUGGCUUUGAAACUUUUAUCACUUGUUUAGUAUAAUAGUCUCUAUCUGUAGGAAAUAACUCUGUCGUCUAUUUUGGCUGAAUUAUUGUCCUUUUUGGACUUUGAAAUUGCCUCAUAUAUUGUCAUUUAGUGCAAAACUUAUCGAAAUCAAAGUAAUACAGGAACAUUGUUUGUCUAAUCUAUUUAUUUCUUUAGUCUGAAUAUCCGUGGAAAUAUUUUGACCCCAUUCUUCAAUCAAUUCUUCGAAUAGUCGAGUGCGCUGUCAUCAGACAGUUUUUAUCCAUCUGAUCUGUUACAGGGUUUUUAGACAAAUUGCGGUUUUUAUCCAUCUGAUCUGUUACAGGGUUUUUAGGCAAAUUGUGGUUUUUAUCCACCUUACCUGUUACAGGUUUUUUUUUGGCAAAUUGUUGUUUUUAUCCACCUUAGUUAAUAUCUGUUACAGGCUUUUUAGACAAAUUGCGGUUUUUAUCCAUCUGAUCUGUUACAGGGUUUUUAGGCAAAUUGCGGUUUUUAUCCAUCUGAUCUGUUACAGGGUUUUUAGACAAAUUGCGGUUUUUAUCCAUCUGAUCUGUUACAGGGUUUUUAGACAAAUUGCGGUUUUUAUCCAUCUGAUCUGUUACAGGGUUUUUAGGCAAAUUGUGGUUUUUAUCCACCUGAUCUGUUUCAGUGCUUUUAGACAAAUUGUGUCGUUUAUUAUGGGGCUGAUACCUUAAGAAUGCCAAAUUUUAUGGCCAAAAAAUCUAUUUUUAGCUUGACUUUUGGAAGAAAAUGUAGAGCUGUUGCAAUCGCCCAAUCGUCUGCGUCAGCUUGGUGUUGGCAUCGCAGUUGGUUAAAGUUUUUGAUUAAGUCAAAUAUCAUUGUUACUAUCAGAGUUGUUGACUUGAAACUUAAAAUAUUAUUUUCUAUCGUAGUCUACAUCAAGAGAAACAGUCCCCAUAACUCAAAAUUGAAUUUUGACAAAUUUGUGCCCCUUUUUAACUUAGAAUUUUUUGUUGAAAGUUUAUGAUGAAGUCAAAUAUCUCGAUUACUAUCAAAGCUUUUGACUUGAAGCUUUAAAUGGUUAUUUACUAUGAUCAAAGUCUACACCAGGAGAAACAAUCUAUGUAACUCUGCUUUGAAAUUUGACAAAGUUAUGCACCUUUUUUGCUUAGAAUUUUUGGUUUUCUCAUGGCGCAGUUCAUAUAAUAUCAAUAUCAAGCUGUCUUAUAUUUAAAGAGAAAUUAAAGAAAAAAGCCUUGUUAAGAAAGAGGUAGGUCUAAUAGUAGGCCUUGAUUUGUUGUAUUUAUAUAUUUAGGAAAUGUUGUGCAAGGAAAAGUAUGGUUGUUUGAAGGAAAAUAGCCUAGAGCAGCAUCUAAAAGUUUGUCCUCUUACUUACUGUAAGGGGAGAGCACUCUAGAAAGUUUGGUCAGAAUUAAUCAAAGUAGUAGGAGUUGGCUGUUCUUGACAAAUCUAUUGACUUUUUCUAUAAACAAAGUUGUAUAGAGUUUAAUUGUUGUUUAUAAGGAUUUUUGAUGGUAAAGGUUUUUUUUAUACUUUAACAUAUAUUGCGCGAAUAUGUAAGAAAAUGUAAUAACUGAUCAGAGUCAUUGCGGCGUUUACGGUAUGUAUGUUUGAACUGAAACAAAUGCAACAUGUAGAUUUUGAUUAGCAAUUUCUGAAAUCCUUAGGUGGUAAUAUUACACGCUUUCCUUAUAAAAAGGGGUAAAAUUAUUAAAUGCCAUAGUGUGCAAUCAUUGAUAUUGUGGUCGAUUAAUUUUCGUGGAUUUUGUGGUAAGUUGCGUCAGUCCUCGAAAGUUUGUCCCAAUGAUCUAAACAAAAUUUCCAAUUAUUGUAUCUCUAAAAUUUGAAAUGCAUGAAUUGAUGCACCGCAAAACGGCAAAUUUUGCUGAAACCACGAAAUUUCAUGCCCAUGAAAUUAAAGGAUUUAAGAGUAUUUGCAUGGGAAUUUCAUGGUUUAACAACACGAGCACUUUUGAAGCACACUGUUCAUUUUGUUUAAACAAUGAUGGAAAUUGCCCCAAAAAAGUAUUUCAGUAAUUUUACAUUUUUUACAUUUUUUAGAAUAUGAACAUGAAAUACAGACUCUCAAAAUUUGCAGGAAAUACAAUGGAAUCAUUUACAUUCAUGGGAGACUAAAUUUCUUGGUUUUCGUGAUUGGUCAAAACUCAUUGGACAUAUUGAAUCCCCAUAUCUCCAAAAGGGGAAAAAGGUAAAAUCUAUAAAUUUAUAUUUCCAUGAAAUAAUGGUUUCUUGCCAAAAGCACAAAAUUUCAUGUCCACAAAUUUUAAUGAUUUUACUGUAGAAGACUCUGUAUGGUGUACAUGAAAAAAUAUAAUUUCUGUUAGAAAUGUUGUAGUGAAUUUUGUAACUUGAAUAUUACUCUGUGAUUGUCAGACAUCUGAGUGUUAACUUCUGACCACAAACUCUGUACAUGUUAUUCUUUUACUGUAAUUUAUUGAUUUUGCAAAGAAUAUUUUAAGUGUCAUGUUUCUUGAUGAAAAUUUACAAAAGAUUUUUUUAGUCUUUCUAUUGCAAUAAUACCAACUACAGAAAGUAUUUCUGAAUAAAUGGGCCACACCAUGUGAAAACCAACAUAGUGCAUUUGUGACCAGCAUGGAUCCAGACAAGCCCGCGCGUCCGCAAAAUCUAGUCAGGAUCCAUACUAAUAAAUAAUGGUUUAUCUAAUCGCAAUAGGGUUCAAAAGUAUACAGUAUGGAUCCAGACAGAUGUAUGCGCAGGCUGGUCUGGAUCCAUGCUGGGUGCAAAUGCACUACGAUGGUUGUCUCAUGGUGCGGCUCAUUUCAUAAAAUUAAUCUUAAAUCUGGAGGUAUGCAGCUGUAAGCAUUGAACUCUAUACAUAACAAUAUAUACCCAGUACUUUUCAUUUAGAUGAAAGCCCUUUGAGGAGUUGUGUAAACAUUUUAGUAAUAAAUAUAGAAAUUUUGUGUUAAAUUACCAAAAAUAAUCUUCUGUUAGUAUUGUUAUGUAUUUAUAGAUACAAUUCUUGUGUUAUGGUGUUCAUUCGUAGUUAUGCUGUAGUUCAAACUAUUUUUGACCCCGCCACCCCACCCUCUCCAAAGUGUUGAAAACACAGGAGACAUAUGGUGUUUUUUUGUCUGCCAUUCUGUCUGUCUCCCUUUCUUUUGUACUAGUACACAUCUUCUACAAUUAUUUUCAUCCUAUUCAAAUGAAACAUGGUAUGCAUUCACUUUUGCAAGUGCAUUUUUUAAAAAUAUUUUGUCUAAUUUUUACUUCAUUUAAAAUGUUAAUUGUCGAGUUCAAAAGGGACAUCUGAUGAAAUUUAUAAUAGUCAUGGAAAGUAUUUAGGGACCUCGCUGGUGAACUUUAAUUUUGGAAAUUUAUACCUCAGACUGUGAAGACUUUUUAUGCUGGAACUCUGAUAAUUUGAGAACAAUCAUCCGCUCAGACUUGCAAUUUAUGGCGUAAUGGUUAAGGUGCCAGCUUUAGCUAUGGAAGGUUGAAUGUAUGAAGGCCAUUGAAUGGUUCAUGUGUGAUCAGCUGAUACGGCUGCUAGCUGGUUAAAUAACAGUUAAUAAUUUCCUUCCUUUCUGAUGCCUAUACAGGAUUUUGGAUGUAAAUUUGAGCCGCGCCAUGAGAAAACCAACAUAGUGGCUUUGCGACCAGCAUGGAUCCAGACCAGCCUGUGCAUCCGCGCAUUUGAAAGCAAACAGCAUAGAUCCUGACCAGACUGCACAGAUGCGCAGGCUGGUCUAGAUCCAUGCUGGUCGAAAACCACUAUGUUGGUUUUCUCAUGGCGUGGCUCAUUUGUUGAAGGCAGAGAUGUCACAUAAGAUGAAUGGCUGGACCUUUCAAAAGAUAUAAAACUAUAAUCAAUAAAAAUUCAGAAACAUCAAUAUAUAAAAUGGUCCUGUUUUACUUGACAUGUCUCAGAGAUAUAAAAUGGUCCUUUUUGACUCGACACAUCUCACAUACAUGUAUUUUAAAAUAUACCAUGUUUUAGUAUAUGUUGCACAUAGUAAUUUUUAUACCAAAGUAAAAAAUCAGUUUAUUAAUUGCCAUAUUAAUGCCAUCUAAACGUCUGUGCAAUACAAUAGUUUUACCUAUAUGUUAAAAAAUAUUUUUAUUAUGCCAGUGUUUUUAUGCCCCCAGCAUCUACUGAUGCGGGAGGCAUAUAGUAAUUGUCCUGUUCGUCCGUCCGUUCGUUUGUCUGUCCGUUCUUCCGUACAAGGUUAACCAAAUGGGACCGUUUCGUCUAGCAUCAAUACCCCUAACUAGAAUGACUUGAUACUAAUGCAGAUGUAACCUGUUACCAUUCCUCAUCUUCAGACAUCACCUGACCUCAGUUUGACCUUGACCUUGAAUUUGACCUCGUUUUGGACUUAGAUUGCUUUGUAUCGACAAGGAUACCACCGGGGGGCAUCAAGCGUUUAUUGAAUGCAGCUACUUAUUUUUUGUUAAGAUUUCAGUUAAUACAAUAUAUCAUAUGUCA